AUGUCUAACCUUGAGGCAGUGCUGAUUGCUAAGGGCAUCAACGCGGAUGUGGCUAAAGCUUGCUCACUGCUGUUCGGAAGCUAUGAAGAGGCCCUCCCCUUCAUCGAUCCGCCGGUGCUCCCCGGCGACAUCAAAGAAUACUACUCCCUAAAGUACCACCGUUACUACUAUCACUGCAGUACAACCGACAUAACCACCUGGGAACUACCACCCCAGUUGCAGCUGUCCGAAUGGCUGCUGGACGCGUCCACCACGGGUAUGGAUGUACGGCAGUGUCGUAAAUUGCUAUCAGCGGUUCUGAGGGCGGUGCAGACCAACGCGCACAAGGGCGAGUCGCUGUGGACUGCCCUGACUCUGCUGGGCCGCUUGACAGGCAACAUCGUGGGCUGCGGAAACACCGUGGAGAAGUACAGGACUGUACGGACGUCCAACCCCAAGAUUCGUGAGGCUCUGGAUGUGGUCCCCGGGGCCGAGGCGGUGCUGCUGGCUGCGGGUUUCAGACACGGCGGUUCAGACACGCUCGCCUUUCCCCCUCCCGGUGAUGAGGGGGGGGCCAUGAGGGCCCUGAUGGCGGUGAAUGCCAAGCUCCACCAGCUCAUAUCUCGAAAGGUGGGAAGGGAUGGCUCCGACCGACUGGUGACCCGGAAGCACGACGCACCCCGUGGGGAGUUUAGGUACGAGUGUGAGUUGUGCCCCGGCUACAACCUGUGCGAGGCGUGCUGGGACCAGUUCAUGUCGGACACGCUGUCCCCAGCCCACGCCCGCGACCACCCCUUCCACACGCACCACCCCAAGGCCUCGCAGCACAACCUGCGGUCUAAUGUCAGCGACUCCAACCCCUGGGGGGUGCUGGUGGCGGGGGGGAGCGCGGCCAGGGCGAGGGAGAGACUCAAACAGCGAACGGGGCUUUGA